AAAAACAAUAAAUACAAAAGCUGCCCCAUAAAUUUCUGGUUCGCCGUGGGUGUCCGCUGAGCGUGAACUAGACCUUCAAAUAAUACACACAUUCAGUGCCGUUCGUCGACCCCUCUCUCUCUCUCUCUCUCUCUCCUCUGUUUUCUAGGGUUAGAGAGAGAGACGGCCGAUCAUCGCAGAGGGUGUAAGAGGGGGGGUUGAAAACUGGGACGAGGAUGAGUUCGAGUUCGGAGUUGCUGAGGUCGAUUCAGGCGGCGCUGGGGGUGUCGAUGGAGUCCGACUGGGCGGUGGUGAUCGUGACGACCUCAGUGGCUGUGAUUGUCGGCUUUGUGAUGUUUUUGUGGCGGAGAUCGGGGGAGCAAGGGAAGGAGGUGAAGCCGGUGGUGGCGCUGAAGUCUACGGUGGCUGCGGCGGAGGAAGAUGGGGCUGAAGCUGAUUUGGGGAAGACGAAGGUUACUAUCUUCUUUGGUACUCAGACCGGCACUGCCGAGGGGUUCGCUAAGGCAUUAGCCGAAGAGAUCAAGGCAAGAUAUGAGAAAGCAGCUGUCAAAGUCCUUGACCUGGAUGAUUAUGCUGUGGAUGAUGAUCAGUAUGAAGAAAAAUUGAAAAAAGAAUCUUUGGCAUUUUUCAUGGUGGCCACUUAUGGAGAUGGAGAACCCACUGAUAAUGCUGCUAGAUUUUACAAAUGGUUUACUGAGGGAAAAGAACGAGGAGUCUGGUUACAACAACUCACAUAUGGUGUUUUUGGUUUGGGUAACCGCCAAUAUGAACAUUUUAAUAAGAUAGGGAAAGUGAUAGAUGAACAACUUGCUGAACAAGGUGCGAAGCAGCUCGUUCAGGUUGGUCUUGGUGACGACGAUCAAUGCAUAGAGGAUGAUUUUUCUGCUUGGCGAGAAUUGCUGUGGCCUGAGUUAGAUCAAUUGCUCCGAGAUGAUCAGGAUGCAAAUACCGCAUCCACUCCAUAUACGGCUGCCAUCCCUGAAUAUCGGGUGAUGAUUUAUGAUCCUGAUGUUACUUCAUGUGAUGAUAAAUAUUUCAACGUGGCAAAUGGCAAUGCUUCAUUUGAUAUUCACCAUCCAUGCAGGGUUAAUGUAGCUGUUCAGAGGGAGCUCCACAAGCCUGAGUCUGACCGUUCUUGCAUACAUCUGGAAUUUGAUAUAUCAGGCACGAAUAUUACGUAUGAAACUGGAGAUCAUGUGGGUGUUUAUGCUGAGAAUUGUGACGAGACUGUCAAAGAAGCAGGAAUGUUGCUGGGUCAACCUUUAGAUUUGCUUUUUUCUAUUCACACUGACAAGGAUGAUGGUACAUCCAUUGGAAGCUCUUUGGCCCCUCCCUUUCCAGGUCCUUGUACUCUUCGAACUGCAUUGGCUUGUUAUGCAGAUUUGUUGAACCCUCCUAGAAAGGCUGCUUUAGUUGCUUUGGCAGCUCAUGCAUGUGAACCUUCUGAAGCAGAAAGACUUAAAUUUUUGUCAUCACCUCAGGGAAAGGAUGAAUACUCACAAUGGGUUGUUGGGAGUCAGAGAAGUCUUCUUGAGGUAAUGGCUGAGUUCCCAUCAGCAAAGCCUCCUCUUGGCGUGUUUUUUGCUGCCGUGGCCCCUCACUUACAGCCCCGUUACUAUUCAAUCUCAUCAUCUCCUAGGUAUUCUCCCAAUCGAGUUCAUGUAACUUGUGCUUUAGUUUAUGGGCAUAGUCCAACAGGCAGAAUUCACAGAGGGGUGUGUUCAACCUGGAUGAAGAAUUCAGUUCCUCUGGAGAAGAGCCAUGAAUGUAGCUGCGCUCCUAUAUUCAUUAGAACAUCUAAUUUUAAGUUGCCAGCCAAUCCAUCCAUCCCAAUUAUCAUGGUGGGCCCUGGCACUGGCUUGGCACCAUUCAGAGGAUUUCUACAGGAAAGAUUGGUGCUCAAAGAAGAUGGUGCUCAACUUGGUCCUGCUAUACUCUUCUUUGGAUGUAGAAAUCGCAGGAUGGAUUUUAUUUAUGAGGAUGAGCUCAAUAAUUUCAUGAAACAAGGUGUGAUAUCUGAGCUAAUUGUUGCAUUCUCGCGGGAGGGACUGCAGAAGGAAUAUGUUCAACAUAAGAUGAUGGAAAAAGCUGCAUACAUAUGGAGUUUAAUCUCCCAGGAGGGUUAUCUGUAUGUUUGUGGGGAUGCGAAGGGUAUGGCCAGAGAUGUUCAUCGAACGUUGCAUACUAUUGUCCAAGAGCAGGAGGGAGUGGACUCGUCGAAGGCGGAGUCUUUGGUGAAGAAACUGCAAAUGGACGGACGAUAUCUAAGAGAUGUUUGGUGAUUGGUUAAAACUUCUCUCCAGUUUGGUUUGCAGUGUCCUUGCCAUUGCCAGCCAAAGGGGUUGAAUUUCAUUUCAUAUUCUUCUUCAAGCAUGAGCCCGUUUGACAGGUUGUCCUCUCUGGGCCCCCCCCCCCCAGGAGGUUUUGCUGCAGAUGAUGAUAAUUGAUGGUAAAUCAAAGCCAUUUCUGUGUUACUGUGCAAAUGUUCUGCUAAAUGUAUGCUAUUUUUCUCCUCUUCUGUUUCUUUUUACUGACAGAAAAUAAUUUGUUUGUAAUCUUCUCAAUAUAAAAUGCUUACAGAAAACAUGAUGGCUAGGUUGAAGUUCGCGAGACACAUUCUCAAAUGUGGCUGCUUUUUUUAUGAUUUCGUAGGGAUAAUUAUAAUAUAUAGUGGUACAUUAAAAUAAAGAUGUUGGAUCUUCUUUAAUAAUCCCUGUGAUAAUAUAUGGUUCAAAUAACCUACCAAAAAAAGUACAGAUUAUCUGCAA